UCACGGUGCGGAAUAGAACGCGUGCGCGAUCGGACCAGUUGGCUUGGACUUUCGGAAAACCGGUUUUUCGAACGCAUCACCCUGCUCGACGAGCGUACGUUGACAAUAACAAUAAUGAGUAAUGCUGUCGAUCGUUCGUCCCAGUCCCAGUCCCAGCAGACGACGAUGCCACGGUUGGACGCAGUCCAACGGAAUGGCGACGGGGGCGCUGACGUCGGCAGGGGUCACCUGAACCAGGCAUUCGCUCUGACAGACGUCGAAAGCGCCGGCAAACCGAUCCGAUCGGAUGCCGAUCAAACGGCGCACGACCACGAAGCUGACGGUGGUGGCGGCAGUGGACAUGGAAUCGACAGCGGUCAUCCGACGUCCUAUCUGGAGACGAUAAUGCACAUUUUCAAGGGUAAUGUAGGACCGGGGCUGUACGCCAUGGGACAGGCUUUCCUGAAUGGCGGAAUCAUAGCGGCGCCUAUUUUGACGGUUUUACUGGGAAUUAUCUGCGUCCACAGUCAGCAUCUGCUGCUCGUCUGUGCCAAGAGGAUGAAAUCUAAGCUUCCGAAUUCGAAUGCACUACCGGACUUCGCGGAAACGGUUGAGCUUUGCUUCAUACACGGGCCGACUCGAUUCCGACGCUGGGCCCGAACGAUGCGAUUUUCGGUAAACGUUUUUAUUUGCGUCACCCAACUGGGAUUCUGUACCGUUUAUUUUGGAUUCAUCAGCAACAAUCUGAAGCACAUUUACGACUUCUACGGCAUCCACCUGGACGUUCGGAUGCACAUGCUCAUCAUCCUAGUGCCGAUUCUGCUUCCCUCGUUGAUUCGUAAUCUCAAAUAUCUGGCCUGGUGCAUGACACUGGCUAAUGCAUGCAUGAUCCUCGGAAUCUGCAUUACCGCCUAUUACGCCGUGCAGGAUUUACCAUCAAUCAGCGAGCGACAAUACUUCAGCAGCUGGCGCCAGCUGCCACUGUACUUCGGAACGGCUAUCUUUGCGUUCGAGGGCAUUGCACUGGUGCUACCGCUGCACAAUGCCAUGAAAAAUCCAGGCGAUUUUGGCCGACCACUGGGCGUGCUGAAUGUCGGGAUGGCCGCGGUAACGAUCAUCUUCGCCGCGCUCGGCUUCGUCGGCUAUCUCAAGUGGGGCGACGACGUGAAGAGUAGUCUGACGUUGAACCUGCCCAAGGAGGAGAUCCUAGCGCAGUCGGUAAAAGUGAUGGUUUCGUUGGGUAUACUGCUAGGCUACGCGCUUCAGUUCUUCAUAGCGAUACAGAUUAUGUUGCCGUCGGUGUUGAGGCGAGUUCGGUUGGGAAAGCGCUAUCCAGUGCUGGUGGAGUUGGGGUUCCGAACGGUGAUGGUCCUGGUGACAUUUGCCAUCGCCGAGAGCAUCCUUAACGUGGGAGCCCUGAUUUCACUGAUCGGAGCACUUUGUUCGACAGCGCUGGCGUUGGUUUUUCCGCCGGUUUUGCAGCUGAUUCUCGGCAUGGCAGAACAGGAAUGUCAACCCGGUCUUAGCAGUAGUGGGAGCCGAAUUGGAUGGUUUGUGUGGAGCAAGAAUCUACUGAUACUGGUGCUGGCCCUGUUCAUUUUUGUGACAGGCACCGUGGAAAGUUUGGAUGAAAUACGACAUCUACACUGAUUGUGUGAUAUUAAU